CCAACGCUCACACAGCAAAGAGCGCGAUGAAUGCGCUUGUUGCAUCCACUAGCUACGCGCUAUGCCCAGCCAGUGGUACACGCGCAUCCCAACAGCAAUUUGUAGCUGUGACAAAGCCCUGUCGCCAACCGUGUGGCCCGGCACGGCGACUUCCGGUCCUGGUCGCAGCCCAAUCGUCGGCUCCGCAGCCCUACGGCAACGGGCCAGGAAGCUUUGCAUCCCAGGAGCAGCUCUACCGGCAAACAGCGGUACAAUCAGUAUGGACCUCGCGACUGGGCGCCGCGCUCGGCCUCGCAGCGGAGCUGCUGCGAAAAGCCGCUAGCUUUGUUUAUAGCUGCAAGGACGUGCUGCCAAACUUCACAGUGCUCAGUCCGCAGCAGGCGCUGCGCCGCAUGAUCCUCAUCCUAGCGGCCAGCUUACUAAUGGUGGUGCUGCUGACCACCAUCGACAGCGGGCUGCUGUACGCGUACGUGCGCACCGCGCGGCGAGUGCUGUGCUGAGGGCGGUUCAAAGGGUGGGGAGGGGGGUCGAGUGGGUUGGGUGGUUCACCGCGAUAGGGCUAUGGAGUGAUAUGAGAGGCAUGGAGCGUGAUGAGAUGUGUAAAGCGGUUGGGGCGCUGGGUGGAGCGUGUGGUUUGUGGGAGGUUGGGUUGCGGAGUGCGGCAAAUGCUGCACUAAGCACGAGAGUGAAGCGGUCCCUUCGUUGCAUCUUGACACCCGGAUGGCACACGGUUCUUACUGCACUGGUCCAUAGCCAGGCGACGGGCUGUGUUGUAUUGCCGCGCUGCUGGGAGCCUUCGUGGCUUGGUGGCACCUAACCCUUCAAGUCCGCAGUUGCCAGACGCGACGCACAUGUCAUUCAGAAAGGGCAGGUGCUACUGACUCGGCGUUACGGUACGGUAGGCGGGUGUCAGGCACGCUGUGGUGUUCCCACGGUGCACGAGAUUCUGAAUGAGGAGUGCUUGGGACAAGGCCGGACACACGGCGAGCGGGCGGGGCUCCUGUGCCCCGUACGGGAACCCUACCGCGGAUGGGGAGGCAGAGACACGGCACCGCUGAUGGGCAGACAGGGACGCAAGUAGGCUAGCGCUGGGCUACCGAUGCCCUCAAGUGCUGUAUGGCCUGCAACCGGUUGUCUUGGUUAUUGACGAGUGUUGCGGAACUAAUGCGUACGUAGACCAGAGCGGAAGGCGGAGUGGGCUUGCAGGCGGCACGAGAGCAGGCAGUCAGUAGCGCAAGUUGCGAAUUCACAUGUUACCUCGUAACCGACGCCGAUGCGGCCGCGGGGGCGGCGUAGAUGACCCCGCGGGUUGUCGCAGAGGGCGGCAUGUCCGCCGGGGGCGAAGCGUGCGCGGGCGGCGAUGGAGCGCGAUGACCUGCUCCGCGAUGCCGGAUGCCUCGGUGACCCCCACGCGGCGCCGUUUGCUGUUAGCCAUGCUGAUGCCCGGAUAGACACAAGUAGGUAAAAGGAUCAGGCUGACUGACACCCAGAGCACUACAUGGAAGGCGGAACGGCGAGCGCGGACGAAACGAGUGUGUGUUGUCGUCUAAGGCAGUAGGAUGCAGGCUGCAAUUGCUGUCUGAUCGAGAACGGAUAAGUGGACGUUAAAAAUAGCGCGCAGCCAUGUAGUGAACCAGUAGAAGAAGUUGCCGAGGAAGUGGCGAUGCGGGCGCAUGCGCUACCGCGUGAAUGGUGGCUGCACCCGCAAGCGGGAGGCUCGCCCUUGCCAAACACUUGAAGACGGGACCUCAAGUAGGUCCCUGCCACUGGGCAACAGAUACCAGCGUGAACUUGCCGGGGCCCAGGGGCGAUUAUCCCUGUACUGUCCUGUUAUUGACGAGUGUUGCGGAACUAAUGCGUACGUAGACCAGAGCGGAAGGCGGAGUGGGCUUGCAGGCGGCACGAGAGCAGGCAGUCAGUAGCGCAAGUUGCGAAUUCACAUGUUACCUCGUAACCGACGGUAAACGCUGUGGACGGUCGCGCCCAUGGCUGGCUGACGGAAGCGCCACCGGUGCCCAGCACGACAUGUAAGGGAGGGAGGGAGGAAGGGACAGGAGGCGUGAUGCACUGCAGCGUAGAAGCUAUGGCGCUAGGCGCGAGGCAAGCAACGUCAACCCCAAAGCAACCGCGAGGACAUGGUGCGCAAGCCGGGCUGCAGGCUGUGGCUGUUAUGGCUGUGCGCUGCGCGGGGUGACUAAACGAAGAACACUAAGUACGGGGACGUGAUGGAUGCGGUUAAAUAAAUGAGCAAGGGCGCCGGGCGGCCGAGGAAGUAACGACAGCGCGAUCGCUGCAUGGCUCAUCCCGGUCGCACUGCGGUCGGCAUGGGCGCGUGCGGUGCAUGCCGUGCGACACCAGGAAGCCACAAGCAGCCAACGCAAACGAAUCCUCCGCAGGGGCGGCAAAGGACGCAAGCAUACGCAGACACGGAGGCAAGGGGUGCAGACAGCAAUCAAUUGACGGAUGCGGACCGCAUUGCGGUUCCCCACACCCGUCAGGAAACCGGCAGCCGCACGGGGCGGCGGCUGCCGGCCGGGUGGGGGCAGGCGCGUUGGUGGGGCGUGCAUGCGCGGGCUAGGGGCACUGCAAGCAAGGCACACGGAACUCGACACACUGAAGCCCCUGGAUCGGCCGGUAUCGCCGGUGGCGUCAUCUCCAGAGGGCUGUGUAUGGGUUGGGAGGCCGCCGCCGCGCACGCCCGCAACGAAUACUCCUUUUGGGAUGACGCGAUGCCGAUGCGGCCGCGGGGGCGGCGUAGAUGACCCCGCGGGUUGUCGCAGAGGGCGGCAUGUCCGCCGGGGGCGAAGCGUGCGCGGGCGGCGAUGGAGCGCGAUGACCUGCUCCGCGAUGCCGGAUGCCUCGGUGACCCCCACGCGGCGCCGUUUGCUGUUAGCCAUGCUGAUGCCCGGAUAGACACAAGUAGGUAAAAGGAUCAGGCUGACUGACACCCAGAGCACUACAUGGAAGGCGGAACGGCGAGCGCGGACGAAACGAGUGUGUGUUGUCGUCUAAGGCAGUAGGAUGCAAGCGCUACCGCGUGAAUGGUGGCUGCACCCGCAAGCGGGAGGCUCGCCCUUGCCCUUGGUUAUCUGGCGUGCAGUGAGUCAGUUGGCAUGGGCUCGGCAGGAUGACAGGUGCCUUGCCAUCUGUGCGAGGAAUAAUACGAACGCUGUAUGCACCGGACUUGGCUGCUGGAGGCUGCGGUCGUAGCUAGAAGGCAGCGGGAGAGCGCGGUGUCACAGUCUCACAGAGCUGAGAGCGCAAGUGGAUUAUGCACGGUGCCCGGAACGCAGGUGGUGCCGUGCUGGCGUCCCGGUGGCGCAAUGCGGCGCCCUGGACU